CUUCCUGUGGUCUUCGGUGUCUUCCCCGCCGCCGCCGCUGCCGUCGCCGUCGUGCAUCACACUGUCCCUCUUGCUGUGAUAUCUAUGAGAGAGAGAAACAGCUCGAUCGAUCAAGAACACCAACGAGGCUCUAGCUCCAGAUCGACAAUGCCGUUCGCAGCCUCAAGGACGUCACAGCAGCAGCACAGCCGUGUGGCCACCAACGGGAGGGCCGUGGCGGUGUGCGCGGGUCACGCGGGCGUGCCCGACGAGGUGGCGCGGCACCACGAGCACGCUGUGGCAGCGGGGCAAUGCUGCGCCGCCAUGGUGCAGUCCAUCGCAGCGCCGGUGGACGCGGUGUGGUCGCUGGUGCGUCGCUUCGACCAGCCGCAGCGGUACAAGCGCUUCAUCAGGAGCUGCCACCUCGUGGACGGCGACGGCGCCGAGGUGGGGUCCGUGCGGGAGCUCCUGCUCGUGUCCGGGCUGCCCGCCGAGAGCAGCCGCGAGCGGCUUGAGAUCCGGGACGACGAGCGGCGGGUGAUCAGCUUCCGGGUCCUGGGCGGCGACCACCGCCUGGCCAACUACCGCUCCGUGACCACCGUGCACGAGGCGGCGCCGUCGCAGGACGGGCGCCCGCUCACCAUGGUCGUCGAGUCCUACGUGGUGGACGUGCCGCCGGGGAACACCGUCGAGGAGACGCGCAUCUUCGUGGACACCAUCGUUCGGUGCAACCUCCAGUCCCUCGAGGGCACGGUCAUCAGGCAGCUGGAGAUCGCGGCAAUGCCGCACGACGACAACCAGAACUGAUUGCCGUCGGGCCGGCCGGCUGCACACCGUCAUCGCAGUUGGGCUGCCGGUUUAUUUGGACGAGGCUUCAUCGACCAUUUAUGAUAUAUUUUCUUUCGUCGUUGGUACUGUAUACUCUCGCGAAAAUAAGAAGUUGGUACUGUGAACUGCUUAAAGUUUGAGGUUGUUUGUCUUCCCUUUCUUAAACUCUGCCAAUAAUGAAGUAUUGUAAGUUACAGCAUCAAUAAUAUUAAGACCAGUAAAGUAGUAUAGUUAAUAUAUAU